UUGGAAAUCACUAUGAGGAAAACAAAAGAAAAUUCUAAAUAAUAUCGCUAAUAAUUCGGAGCUUAGUAAUACAGCUUAGCUUUUCUUCUUCUUCGGGUCCAUAUAUCCAUCUAUCCAUCUCUAUCUGAAUCUUAUACCUGCAGAUUACACGGACAUUUCUGUCAAUUGCUUGAAGUUUUUUCAGGUGGUUUUCCGAUCGACGGUUUGUUUUUUUCCUUUUCCGGCGGCGGCGGAGGAGGAGGAGGAGGAGCAUGGCCUCCGGUCAGAAGAGUUACUCGCUGAAUCCGGAUGACUACAAGCUUCUAGAAGAGGUCGGUUAUGGCGCCAGCGCUACUGUCUACAGAGCGAUCUAUCUCCCUCUCAAUGAUGUUAUCGCCGUCAAGUGUUUGGAUCUCGAUCGCUGUAACAGCAAUCUGGAUGACAUACGCAGGGAAGCCCAAACAAUGAGUUUAAUUCAUCAUCCCAAUGUCAUUAGAGCAUUUUGCUCAUUUGUUGUUGGUAGCUACCUUUGGGUGGUUAUGCCCUUUAUGGCCGAAGGUUCUUGUCUGCACCUCAUGAAGAUAGCAUACCCAGAAGGAUUUGAAGAGUCUGCUAUUUGUUCUAUACUUAAAGAAACGCUCAAGGCUUUGGAAUAUCUUCAUCGGCAUGGCCACAUUCAUCGAGAUGUUAAGGCUGGAAAUAUACUCUUAGACAGUAAUGGGGAAGUAAAGCUUGCUGACUUUGGUGUUUCAGCAUGCAUGUUUGACACGGGCGAGAGGCAGCGUUCCAGGAAUACAUUUGUAGGAACUCCAUGCUGGAUGGCACCAGAAGUUCUGCAGCCUGGAACUGGAUAUGAUUUCAAGGCUGACAUUUGGUCUUUUGGAAUAACUGCACUGGAAUUGGCGCAUGGUCAUGCACCGUUUUCCAAAUACCCCCCAAUGAAGGUUCUCCUUAUGACCAUACAAAAUGCUCCUCCAGGACUUGAUUAUGACCGUGAUAAAAGAUUCUCUAAGGCUUUCAAAGAAAUGGUUGCAAUGUGUUUGGUGAAGGACCAAACCAAAAGGCCCACUGCAGAGAAGUUGUUGAAACAUUCUUUUUUCAAGAAUGUCAAGCCUCCAGAGCUGUCUGUAAAGAAACUCUUUUCUGACUUGCCUCCACUUUGGAAUCGUGUCAAAGAUCUCCAGGUUAGAGACGCUGCUCAACUUGCUUUAAAGAAGAUGCCUUCAGCAGAACAAGAAGCAAUAUCACAGAGUGAAUACCAGCGAGGUGUUAGUGCAUGGAAUUUUGAUCUUGAAGAUUUGAAGUUCCAGGCAUCAAUGGUGCCAGAUGAAGACGAAGUACAGGAAGUGAAGGAAGAGGAUGAAAAUAUGAAACAUUACACAAAUAGUGAGGUCAUAUCUAAUUCCAGAGAAAAUGUAGCGGGAUUAAGUACCAAUCAAAAUAUUGUUUCCAGUGAUCAAACAAGAGCAAGUGAGGGCCAGAUCAAGAAGGGAAAAGACUUGGAAAGUGAUUUGCUGGAUUCUGACCAAAGGAAAAAUGAACUUAAAAAAAAUGGAUCAAAAACAGAACUGCCCCCGCUUACCUCAGACAAAGAUGUUGUACAGACCAAGACUAGAAAUCUAACAGGAAAACCUCGCCAAAGUCAGAGUGGACCUCUCAUGCCAGGAACCGUGUUAAGUCAUUCUACUGCUGAAAGGGCUCGCAACAUAGAAAGGACUGAGACUGAAAACCAACAGGUUGAGAGAGCUCAGCAAGUGCGAAGAGCACCUAGUUUCAGUGGUCCUUUAAUGUUACCAAACCGAGCUUCAGCAAAUAGUUUAUCAGCUCCUAUUAAACCAUCUAGUGGAUUUAGAGAUUCUUUGGAAGACAAGUCAAAGACCAACUUGGUGCAAAUUAAAGGGCGAUUCUCUGUGACAUCAGAAAAUGUAGAUCUUGUGAAGGAUAUUCCUUUAUGUACAGUUCCUCGACGGUAUUCUCAAACAUCACCUCUGAGGAAAUCUGCUAGCGUUGGAGAAUGGGUUCUUGAGAAUAAACAAAUGCCAUCCAAUCAGUCAGCUAAGGAAGUUCUCCAUGGUAAUGUACCUGCAUCAAUUCUUAUGCCCCACCUUCAAAAUCUUUUUCAACAAACUUCAAUUCAACAGGAUCUCAUUAUGAGUUUGUUGAACAGUAUGCAACCAUCCACAGGAGAAGCAUCUCAAAAUGGGAAAUCACCUCCGCAACAACGCAAUUCAGAGAAUAAUGGAACCGUUGAAACAGCUGCAUCUGAGCGGGAACGCUUGCUUCUAGUAAAGAUUUCUGAGCUUCAAACAAGGAUGGUUAACUUGACGGAUGAAUUAACUGCUGAAAAAUUGAAGUACAUGCAGUUGCAGCAACGGUUAAAUGCCAUGUCAAACCGAGGAGAAGAUGGAGACCGGAGAGAAGUGGAUUCUUGAUGCCAUAGGAUUCUCAUUCAAGUGUAAAAACUAUGUAUAUUCAGGAAGGAAAGGAGAGAUUACCGUGCAUGUUGCCGGCUGAUGCCCUUUGUUGUCAUCUAAUGUUUGUUUCAAAGGUUCCAGCCCUCUGUCAAACUGACAAAUAAGUGAACCAUGCUGCUGCUUAUAGAGAUACAAUUCCUUCAUUUAUUUUAUCAGUACAAGAGGAAUCAAGCUUCUUUGUGCAGAUCCAUGCCUGGUAUCCUAAUAUAUAGGGAAAAGGAUAAGCGGGUUCUUUUCUUUUUUUUUUUUUUCUUUUAUCAUGUCCCGUUUGUAUCCUCUAGAUCCUAUAUAUAAAUAUAUCGAUUAAUUAUCUCUGAAUGCAACAUGAAAUUGUAAUUUUGUUCAUAAACUUAAUGUAUUUUCUUUAAGCAUACAAGCUCAUGUUUACUA